AUGCCGCCCGGGAGGCCUUCGAGGAAACACAAACCCCCGCGGCGUCUGGGAGCUCGUUUGACCAAGGGACCCGGGACCCAAAAGCGUGUCCCCUUGUCCAGUUUCGCCCGCUGGCCUGACCCUGGCUGUAGCUGUCUUUGCGCCAUCUGCCUGUCUGGGUGUACUGAACAGAAUGGAUAUUGCAACAAGCCUGGAGAGUGCAUCUGUCGUCCCGGUUGGCAAGGCCGCUACUGCGAUGAAUGCAUUCCUCAUAUAGGCUGCCGCCAUGGGACUUGUAAAACACAAUGGCAGUGCAUAUGUGAUGAAGGAUGGGGUGGCCUCUUCUGUGAUCAAGAUCUGAACUACUGCACUCACCACAGACCAUGCAAAAACGGAGCAACUUGUAUGAACACUGGCCAGGGCAGCUAUACUUGUUCAUGCAAACCUGGCUUUACUGGUGUUGACUGCGAACAUGAGAUCAGCGAGUGUGACAGCAAUCCCUGUAGGAAUGGCGGUAGUUGCACGGAUAUGGAGAAUGGUUACCACUGCCUGUGCCCCCCUGGCUACUAUGGCACUCACUGUGAGCACAGCGCUUUGACGUGUAUAGAUUCUCCGUGCUUUAACGGUGGCACAUGCUUGGAAAAAGAACAAGGGGCCAGCUACAGUUGCGUUUGCCCUUUUGGCUUCACAGGGUCAAACUGUGAAAAAAAAGUAGACAGGUGCACAAGCAACCCGUGUGCAAAUGAUGGUAAUUGCUUUUACCUUGGUCAGAUUCGUGUGUGUCGUUGUCGGGCUGGUUUCUCUGGUCAGAAAUGUGAGAUAAACAUCAAUGAUUGUGCCAGGAACCCAUGUUCCAAUGGGGGAACUUGUCAUGACCUAAUCAACGAUUACACCUGCACAUGCUUGCCAGGCUACAGUGGCAGGAACUGUGACAUCAAAACCAGAGAUGAAUGUGCUUCUGGGCCAUGUGAGAAUGGAGGCACAUGCUACAGCGGACUUUAUAGUGCCAACUUUGUCUGCUACUGUCCUUCUGGCUUCAUGGGCAACCGUUGCGAAUUGCCAGUUUAUUCAGUGCCGGUUACACUUCCUCCUAAACCAGUUCCCUGGAUCGCUAUAUCCAUGGGAGUGGGGCUGGUGGCUUUGCUCAUACUGUUCUGCAUGAUAGCAAUGGUCAUCAGGCAGAUGAGGAUGCACCCAGAGCAGGACUUGGAGACAAUGAACAACCUGUCUGACUUCCAGAAGGACAAUCUCAUUCCAGCUUCCCAGCUCAAAAACACCAAUAAAAAUAAAGACCUCGAAGUGGACUGUGGGCUGGAGAAAUCAAACUACAAACCCAAGAAUCAUAAACUGGACUACAAUCUGGUAAAAGACCUGACAAGUAGAGGGACACAGGAAGAUAAAUAUUACAAGAGUGAAAAAUGUUUAGGAGAAAAGUCUCCCCUCCGACUACACAGUGAAAAGCCAGAAUGUAGGAUAUCAGCGAUAUGCUCUCCAAGGGAUUCAAUGUACCAGUCCGUCUUUGUGAUAACAGAAGAAAGGAAUGAGUGCAUCAUAGCCACAGAGGUAUAAGACUGAAGAUCAGCCCAUUUGCACCUCAGAUUUGGUAAUGCCAGUAGAUGGACGUUCCUGCUGCAUUGUUUACAAUUCAGAACUGGAUUGGACUGUUUUUAAAUACACGCAACUUGCUGCUCUCAGGCGGAGGAUGGAACUGGGUGAACUGGACAGACUGUGAAUUUACUGAAAGAUGCAAUACGCCUUUUUGUUCUUACUGCCCUUGUUUGAAGUUUGAUACCAGAAAUCUCAUUCGCUGUAGAAGAAGGGAGGCAGAGGGAAGAGAGAGGGGUUAAAAAUGUUGUUGUUUUAAUUUGUUUUUAAAAGAUACCGAGGCCAGUUCCUCAUGGACAGACCCCUGGCUUUCC